AAAAAUAUAUAUAUAUAAAAACCCGCUCACCAUCUUUCCUUCUUAUUCUUUCAAGGACUCGAACUCUUAUGUCUCAAAAAUCAAAAGACAUGACAGACCCAGAACAACAAGAAUCAAUUGCCUCCACUACCCACCACAUCACCAUCCCAUCAGGUUUAACUCAGUCCGAAUCCGAAGAGUUAGCCCCUCUCAUAACCGAGUUCCACACCUACAGAAUCAGCGCAGGUCAAUGCUCCUCUCUUCUAGCCCAACUCAUAAGCGCUCCUAACGACACCGUCUGGUCUAUUGUCCGCCGUUUUGACAAGCCACAGACCUACAAGCACUUCAUCAAGAGCUGCAGCGUGGGUCCAGGAUUCACAAUGACCGUCGGAUCCACACGAGACGUGAACGUGAUCUCUGGCUUGCCUGCAGCAACAAGCACGGAGAGGCUUGAUAUAUUGGAUGAUGAACAGCAGCUCACGGGGUUUAGUAUUAUUGGGGGAGAACAUAGGUUGAGGAACUACAGGUCGGUGACGACAGUGCAUGGGUUCGAACGUGAAGGGAAGAUCCGGACCGUUGUUUUAGAAUCCUAUGUCGUUGACGUACCUGAAGGGAAUACCGAGGAAGAAGCACGGCUGUUUGCUGAUACUGUUGUCAAGCUGAAUCUCCAAAAACUUGCGUCUGUUGCUGAAAGCUUGGUUCGAGACGGUGACGGUAAAUAAGUAACCCGAAAGAAAAAACAAACAAAACCCAAAGAGGCAAAGAUUCACCAAACAGAAGAAGUCCUUUAUAUAUAUAUAUAUAUAUCAAGUAUUGUAAUUAGUAUGUUAUCUCUCCUUUCUUAUUUUGGGCAGUUGGUGUAUUUGGGGAAAAAUGAAAAUGCCAUUUUGUUGGAAAAGAUUGACUAUUGAUGCCACUUGAAUUUUCCAUUGGGAUUAUGCUGUUUUGGUUUUCUUUCUACCAAUGCGAUCAAAACGCUUUGUUGGAUUUCGUCGAAGAUGAAGGUAAGGGCAUUGGAGUCAAUGCAAUUGUACAGAGAUUUUCAGUUUUGGUAGCUUCGAAAAUUUGUGAAAAUUAAGGAAUUUGUGUUUUCCUGGUC